AUGGUUGGCAGAGCUGGGGAUGCGUUCAGAGUUUCAGAGUUUAAGGAGAUAAUGGAGCUUAUUAAACUGACGGAUUGGAGAUGCUGGGAUUAUUUGGAGAAGAUCGACAAGAAGCUAUGGACACGUUCACAUUUCAAAGGGGAGAGAUUUAACGUGAUGACUUCUAACGCUGCUGAAUCGUUGAAUAAUGCUCUUCUGCCCGCUCGUGAUAGUCCUAUAAUGGCAUUGUUCGAGUUUAUUCGCCGGAAGCUGUGUACAUGGUAUUUAAGAAGACGCACCGAGAUCAGUAAGAUGAAGGGAAAUGUUCCAGAUAAUAUUCAAAAGAUACUGGUCGAACAGCUGGUGCUGUCAACGGGCCUUCUAGUUAUGCCAUGUUCGACUUGGUUAUUCGAAGUUACGCACAGGCCAACUAAUUUUGGUUUCACGGUUGAUCUGGAUAAACGAACUUGCACUUGCCUCGAAUUCCAAAAUCUUGGUUUGCCAUGCCGAUAUGCCAUUGCUGCUGCUUCUUGUCGUAAUAUGCAGUACCCCAUGUUUGUUUGCAAACACCAUCUCAAAGAGACAUGGGCUGAAACAGUUAGGGGUAUCAUACUUCCGGUUCCGGAUCCAAAGGAUGUUGAAGUGCCAGCCGAAAUACUAACGGUUGAUCUUUAUCCACCAACGACCAAACGAACGAAGGGAAGACCAGGAAUCAAACGUAAACUGUCAGCAGGAGAGAUACCGGUAAGACUGUGGUGUUGA